AUGAUUCGUGUGGUCGGAGUCUCUGGAGAGGAGCUGAUCUCGACACAGCUCCGGGCUUUAGCAGAUCCCAAAGUGAAGGCUCUGAAACAGCAGCUCGAAAGCAUCUGCGGGGCCUCUAGAUUCCGGCAGCGGCUUCUACACGGCGGCAGGAUCUUGGAGGAUAGCGCGAACUUAACGCCACAAGGUGCUGAGAUCGUAGAGUUGCAGCAUGUCGUUUUACCCUUCUCCCCGACUUCGGAUCAGCACGUGGAGGAACUCCUUGGGGCCAUACGAUGCAAGAACCUGCGCAUGGUGGAGGAGAUUCUGCAGCGUCCCCAAGAUCCAAACCAGAAUGAGCCAUCUAUUGAAGGUACUGAAGCUGACGCAGAUGCUUUGGGCUAUGAGGAACAUGCCUUUGAAAAACUUACCUUCCUCGGUGCGGCAUGCCGCGCAGGAGACAGUGAUAUUGUCCGGAUACUGAUCGAAGCACGCGCGAACGUGGAUCGUUGCUUUGGAAACGAAGACGCCCCGCAGACGCCCCUCGGAAUUGCCUGCACGCAUGGAUACCCUGAGAUCGUCCGCGUUCUCCUUGAAGCUGGAGCUUACACAUCUUUGAGAAUCGAUGGGCAAAGCCUGCUGGUUGUGGCCGCUGAGUAUGGUCACUGCAAAAUCGUGCGGCUGCUUGUGCAGGUGUGGGACAAUCGCCCGAUGCUGCAGAGCGCUCCAUCGGGUGGGACCAUCUCGGCGCUGAGUGUGCAGAUCCCUGCCCUGGAGAAGCUGCUUCCUUACCUCAGGCGUCCGGGAGCCGAGAUCUUUGACCUCGGUUUCGGAAGCGGCGUGAUGACGGCGAUGAUGCUGGCCGUCGCAGAUGACGCUGCCACUGCUGUGGGCGUGGACUUAGCAGACAAGGUGCCUGUGGCAACGGAGAAUAUGGAGUCAAGCGAUCCGAGCUGCCCCUUCUCCCCUUUUGACAAGCAGCGUUUCAAGCUAGCUGGCGGGGACGCCUUCGCCUACCUGUCGCAGUGGAACAAAGAUGGCAAACGAUUCGAUGUCGUUUACUCUGGCUGCUCGAUGGAUCCGCGCACUGAGCAGCUGAAGCUGUUUCUUGGUGCCUUGAAGCCUGGCGGCGCAGCCGUCUUCAACUUGGGCAAUCCGGGUCGGCAAGGAAUGUACUUCGUCGCAGAUGGUGGCAAAGUUUGCCAUCUACUGAUGAGAGUGAACUUUAUGAUGGCCGAGAGCACGGUGACACCCCCGAUGCCAACCCAGGAGAUCCCACUGGACCCGGAGAAGCUGGGUGUAUGGAUUCGCAAGAAUGUCUUUGGCUCGCCGCCUCCAGAGCUCUGA